UUGCUAAUUUCAUAAGCUCAUAAUCAUAAAGUUCUAUUUCACCUACGAUCAAAAAAAAAAAAAAUUUACUGAUAAAUCAAGUUGAAUUAUUAUGUUGGAACGAUGUAAUCACUUUUUUCUUUAAUAAGCUGUGUUGAUGAAUCGAAAUGUCUGCUGCUGAAGAUGUUCCUCAAUCUUCUGUUGAUGAAGAUUCAAGAAGCAGAAGUUCAACAUCACGGCCUGGGAAGGAGAAAAAGAGAAGACGUCGCAGUCGAAGUAAACAAAAAGAGGCAACAGCUUCAGAAAGUCAGUUUUUUGAACAAGAUUAUCCUGCUGAUGACGAUGAUAAUUCUUGUUCUUCCACUCCAAAAUAUGAAAGAUCAGAUGAACCAAUUUUUCCUUCUGGAGGUUUCACAUGUGCUCUGUGUUAUUGCGGAGAAAAGAGUUUGCUCGGACAAGGUGAUUUGACUCGAUACAGCCCGACAGCUGGUUUCAAUCCAUUUAAAAAACCACCUCUGAGAGCAAGAGGCAGUCGAGAGAUACUUUAUGGAUCAUCACCGGGUUCUAAUGGUUCUCAAGACAGUUAUAACACUGGAGAGAAGGUUACAAAAACGGCUGCUGUUCAACGGAGAGGCAGCAAACAAAUGAGAGAUACAGUGAAACCCACUAUUAAACCCGAGGACAAAUAUAUUGAUGAAUUAUCAACUGUGGGUUGCUCUGAAAUGCUGGAUGUUUCUCUUGUUUUUGAACCUGCAGGUCAUGUUACUGCUCAUCACUGCUGUGCUGCUUGGUCAGAAGGUGUCACUCAGAAUGAGAGUUAUAACUUACUCUGUGUGGAUAAGGCAGUGCAUUCAGGAAUGUCCCAGCGAUGCCAUUCCUGUUCGAGAUAUGGGGCCACAAUUAAAUGCAGGGCUCCUAAGUGUGAGAGACUUUUUCACUAUCCUUGUGCAGCAGGCAGUGGAUGUUAUCAGGAUAUCAAAUCAAUGUCAUUGUUAUGCACUGAUCAUCUUGAGCUUGCACCAACCAUUGCAGAUCCAGAUGAAUUAAAUUGUGCAGUUUGUGAUGACCCUGGUCAAAUCUCUGAUCUGUUGUUUUGCACAUCAUGCGGUCAUCAUUAUCAUGGUGAUUGUUUGGAUCCGCACGUUGACGUCAAUCCGGUUGUUCGAGCUGGUUGGCAAUGUCCUGAGUGCAAGAUAUGUCAGACAUGCAGGCAACCUGGUGAUGACAAUAAAAUGCUUGUAUGUGACGUGUGUGAUAAGGGAUAUCAUACUUUCUGUCUACGACCAGCCAUGUCAUUUAUACCAAAAAAUGGAUGGUGUUGUAAGAACUGUAGGCGAUGUACGGACUGUGGAUCAAGGACUCCAGGAAAUGGGCCAAGUUCAAGAUGGCAUAUCAACUAUCAGGUAUGUGAUAAGUGUUAUCAACUUCGCAACAAAGGAUCAUCUUGUCCUGUUUGUGGUCGAGCAUAUCGGAAUAUUCCUGGUGGAAGAAUGGAGAUGACUCAUUGUACUGGAUGUAAAAAAUGGGUGCACUGGGGUUGUGAAGAUCCAUCACAGUUAGAAUCUUGUCAAAAGCCAGCUGAAGAUUACAAAUGUCCAAGAUGUCGUAACCCAUCGUCUGUACCAUUGUCACAAACUUCUAGUCCUUCUUCUCAACCUGUCCCACCAGAAAUGUCUUCUCAAGGACUUGUAACAGAUCCACACACAGCGGAAAUUGCACCGCAAGAUCUCAUAGAGGGAACUACCACAAGCAAGACAGAAACACCAGAGGAAAUGGAGGAAGAUAAACACGAGGCAGAAGAACGAAAAGAUGUGGCAUCAGAAAUGCCACCUAUAACGAUGCAAUCUCCAACACCAACAGUCAGGAAAAGAGCUAGCACAUCGUCAAGCAUUGGUUCUGACAAAGGAACUUUUGCACUCAAAGGUAGCAGUCUCGAUCCAAUGUUAUGUGUUGGUGAAGAUAGUGCUAGUGAUGUGAACGAUCCACAUUCAUUAUCGAAAUCAAAUGUUGGAUCUCCGCCAAGAAAAGUCCGACACUUAAGUAGUGAUGAUGCUAUUUCUACGAGAGAAAAAACUGAUCGUCAUUCUUCAGCUGAAAGCAGUAAUAUGAGUUCACUAUUCACUGAUGAAAACGCCCAAGAUGCAAUGUCUCUAUUUGGGGUCGAGUCCUUACCCCAUUCUACAUCUUUAAAAUCUACACCUCCUCCUGUUAUCUCUUCAACCAAUGUGAUGAAUCCUGAUGGCAAAUCGUAUAAAAUACCUGACACCUUUGUUUCUCCUGGUCAACCUAAAGUAUCGUUGUCACCAUUGGGAAGCCCAGCUUCAUAUGGCUCACCACCAUCCAAACCACCUGGUCCUGGUUUGGGUAAACCUGGUGGGAUGUACGGAAAAGGAAAACCUCUUGGUCAUAAACGAAAACCAGCUGCAGCCAGAUCUAAAGGCAAGGGAAAGGGAAAAGGGCAAAAAAGGGCAGGAUUCUCUGGUCCUAAAAAGAGACCAAGAGGUGGUAUGGCAGGUAAAGGGGCUUCAAUGCCACAAACUGGUAUUGAUAGAAAUUUUCCUCGUCGAGCAAGAAGAGGUUUUCAAAGACAGUGCUCCACUGCCUCCACUCCAGCAGAUCCAGGUCCUUUAUCGCCAACCACAAGAGUUGAGCCUGCGUUACAAACACCACAGGCAGAUGAUGAAUAUGGAGAUUCUAUGCAUAAUACUGUUGUACUGUGUUCUACAGAAGAUACAUUCACUUUGUCACAGGAUAUGUGUGUCAUUUGUGGAAGUUUUGGAAAAGGAUCAGAAGGAAGAUUAAUCUCUUGUUCUCAAUGUGGACAAUGUUAUCAUCCUUACUGUGUUAAUCUGAAACUAACUAAAGUUGUUCUAAGAAAGGGAUGGAGAUGUCUAGACUGCACGGUAUGCGAAGAAUGUGGCCAGGUAGACGAUCCAGCUCAUCUUUUGCUUUGUGAUGACUGUGAUAUAUCGUACCAUACACAUUGUUUACGACCUCCAUUACAACAUGUACCCAAAGGAGGAUGGAAGUGCAAAUGGUGUGUCCGUUGUGUACAUUGUGGGACGACUUCGCCAGGAAAAAACUGUGAAUGGGCAUCAAAUUAUACAUCAUGUGGUCCAUGUGCUUCAUUAAAUCAUUGUCCGAAAUGUAGACGCAGUUACAAAGAUGAAGAUAUCAUUAUGCAGUGUGGAACUUGCGAACGAUGGCUGCAUGCAGUUUGUGAAUGUCUUUUCACUGAAUCUGACAUAGAAAAAGUUUUAGAGAAAGGAUACGAUUGUUGCUUCUGCAGACCGAAAGACGCGACACCACCACAUCUCACAUUAGGUCGACCAUCAGUUGAUCCCUUAUAUGGAGGCAGUCAAACUGGAGUUUACUUGGGCCGUACAAGAUCAGAAGUUGAAACUGUUAAGGAAUUCCAAAAAGAUUAUACAUCUCUGACUAUAAGUGGAUUGCAGCAUAUUCAACGACAAAUGCAAAAGUAUAUGGGAUUAUACAAGAAACGUCCAGCAGGACCCAGAGGGGUAAGAAAAUCGUCAGAAGUUCAGAGCAAAACUGCUGAACCUUCUCCUGUCAAACCUGUGACUGAUGCUACUAAACCUGCGGAAUCGUUAGGUCAACCUAUCAAUGUAGAAGCUGCUGUCACUGCAUUACAAGAACCUGGAGAUGUGAAUAGGAAUGCAAAUGAAGAAUCUACAACAAAACCUCCCGAACUUCCAGUAGAUGGUCAUCCUAUUCAACUUCCAGUAUCUACUGCUAUAAUAAAAGACUUGUCAUCUGCUACUGCAACAGCUACUGAAGACUCUGGAAUGGAAGGCAUUGAGAAAGAAAAUAAAUCUGCACAGCCUGGUGAAAUUAAGUCACCACUUGUUGGAGUUGAUGACACGACAGCAGGAAUUCAGAAAAGUGAGGAAUUUGAAAUGGAAGCUAGUGUACCUGUGGUUGUUGACCCAACUAGAAAAGUACUCGGUAUUAAGAAAGAUGAGAAAAGAAGACGAAAGCCGUACAGACCGGGUAUUGGGGGAUUUACUGUACGUCAACGAGGUAGAGGUGGUCUACUAAAACCAAGAAGUAGACGUCCUGCUCACGUACCACUUACUGUCACUGAUAAAACUUCAACCAAUGACUCAAGGACUGACACUGUUGGAUCGGAAACUGUCAGUGAUACAACAGGACCACCUCUACAUGUUCCAUAUGAUUUGUCUGGACAAGGCGGAAGCAAUGUAGGAUUAUCUUCUCAACCUGGUGGAACUGGCCAACCUCAGUUCAACCCUCCAUUAACUGCAGAACCAAAUGUGUCGUUGGUUUCUCCGCUCAAGUUAAAAAUCACAUCACCGACUACAACUACGUCUACAACUAAGAAAAGAAAGAAGAGGAUGAAAUUGAUUGAUCAGUUUCCACCAUAUUUACAGGAUGCAUUCUUUGGCAAGAAGAUAAUCACAGAUGCUAAAGCGAAAGGAAGUCCCUUAGAUGAUUUGAAUGAACAACCAGCAUCACCUGGAGAAGGCUAUGGAGCGAAACAUGGAAGUGAUUCUCGUCUUAUCCUUCCUGACAGAUUGACACAAAGAUUAGAAGCACAGGCUGCUCACCAAGCUGCUUCUCUAGCCAAUGCAGGACAGUCUUCCUCAUCUCAUGGUAACACAAGAUCACAGAGACAUCCAUCUCAACCACAAGAUGAAGAUGCGAUGUUAAACGAACAAGAUUUACUCGGUGUUUUACCAGAUUUACCAUUCAAAGAUGAUGAAUUACUUGGCAUGUUUUCCACAUCUGAUCUCAAACCAGAACAAGGUGCAAAUGAUUCACAUGAAAAUAUCCUCAGUCCUUCAGCAUUGGAGAAGAUGGUUCGAGAUGGAUUAGAAAACAUAGAUAGCAGUGAUAUGGCAGCUUUAUUCUCUGAUGUUCUCACACAUCAACCGGAUGGAACCAUAAAGCAAGAAAAUGCAUCACAUGGCGAAAGUUCUGAUAAUGCAGCGAAUGUUCAACAACACGGCAUUCUGUCUCCAGAUAAAAUACAGGAUGUAAAACAAUCUUCCCAAUCUCAUAUGAUUCAACAACAGCAUUCAAGAUCAGUCCCAACAUCAGUGAUGCAAAUGCAACAGACAAACGAUCCUGCCCAACAACAACAACAAAUAGAAGAACAGAGAAAACUUGCUAUUCAACAAGAAUUACAAGAAAUUGAGAUAAAACAACGCCAACAGCAAUUACACAGACAACAUGCCAUACAGAGACAAAUGAGUGCGAACAUUCCUCCUACUGGCUUCUCAAUGAACCAACCUGACCAGAACCUGUCUGGGCAUCAGAUCAUAAAUAUGGGACAAAAUCGACAAGCUCUAGGGCCGAGCAUUACUCCGGGGCCACACGGAAUGCCCAUGAUGCCCCAACACAUGGAUCCGUCCCGACCACGUUCUCAUCAUACCACCCCAGUAAUGUCCCCAGUACCCAUGAUGGGUCAACAACCCGGGCAUCCCAUGUCGCAACAAAUUCCGCCAGGACACAGUCCACAUCAAACUCCCCCGCCACCACCUAUAUUCGCAAGACAAACUUCCAUGCCAAUUCUAUCGACAGCUCAAAAUACAGUUCAGAAUGAAAUUCAACAAAUUCAUCAGCAAAUGCAAAUGCAGGGACAACUGGGACCACGUCAGGCUAUUCCUAAAGGACCAAUUGGGGCUCGACCUAUGAUUGUUCAAUCACCAACAACCGGUACCAUUGAAAUGCAUAACAUACAAGCAAUGACAUCAGCAUCACGAUCCCCCGCUGUUUUUCAUGAUCAAACUGCUAGCAGUGGGAAUAUUAUUGUACAACAUCAACCUGGCAUGCAACAGAAUGUUGGUGUACAUUCACAUCAAGGAACAUCUAGAUUCCCUAGCCCACAACAUCAAGGUGGUCAACCUAAAUUUCAACCAUCCGGUUUACCAGUCCAACAAAGUCAAAAAAUGCCCCUUCCUCCUGAAGCUUAUCUAACCGGGCCAUCUGUGACAGGACAGGAUCAAGGGGUCACAAACAUGGUUGGACCAAUUGGUGCGAUGCCUGCCCCGACACAUAAAAGAUCAUCUUCAGUACCUGUUGUUCAUGGUGGAAUGGUAUCAACAUCAACUGAGAUAGUGAAUACUGCAACUGGUAUUGAUAUACCACCAUCUCUUGGAACUGUAACCCAGUCUAUGGUUCAGCCAAUGCCAGCACAAAUAACUGUUUCAACACAAGGAGGAAAAUCCGUACCUGUAUCAUCUACUCCACCUAUGUCACAAUCUGGCGAAAUUCUCCCAGGUCCUUCUACUCCUCUGCCUGAUUUCUCAAGUGAUGCAAACCUGUUUGAGCCUGCUCCACCACCUUGGCCUCUUGGUACUGAGUUAGAUGGAGACUGUAUGUCUGUGAAUCAAAGGAAUUUAUUAAAGUGGGAGAAAGAUGAACCUCUAGGUGAAUUGUCCACGAUUUCACCUGUAUUAUAUGCAAACGUUAAAUUCCCUAACUUGAAACAAGAAAUGCCAGACUGGCAGACGAGAGCGAAACACAUUGCUAAAUUAUGGAGAAAGGCUACACCAGACGACAGAGCACCAUUUUUGUUAAAAGCAAGAGACAACAGAUCUUUAUUAAAAAUAAGUCGAACAAGAAAAGUGGAAACAAAUAAAACUCCACCUAUGAUAACAGAAGAAACAGAACUGAAGUCUUCAGCUACUGAGAGCAUAAAGCAAGAAAAAACUGAAGAUAUUCUGAUGAAACCUGCUGUUUCACAACAUAGUACACCUCCCAUGCCAGUAUCUUCUCAAGUUACUCUAUCCUCAAUCUCACAAAGCAUUGAUGCAACAACUGGGAAGAUAGAGAUGAGUAGCGACCAACAUUCAUUCGCAAAACCAGAUUCCAGGACGACAACACCGAAACCCCCGUCACCUGGAGCAGCUCAGUUGCCAUCAGCAACAGUACCAUCUCAAACCUUACCCCCAGAUUAUAUCACGACUGUUAAACAACAACCAAGAACUGUUCCUGUCAGUGCAUACUUUGCUGGUCAGACAACAGAACCUGGACAAAUGGAAACUGCUCAAACAUCUCAGAAACAGAGUCCAGUAAAGAUAACCCAUGCCAAAACAGAGCGUCGUCCGAGUCUCGAUAUACAAGCAUUCCCAAUGCAGCCAACAGUACAGGAAUCACCAACAAAAUCCGCUACAGUAACCAGAUCUCUUUCAGUAGGAGCCCCCAUUCCUGAAUCCAUGUUUCCCCAUUCCGGUACCCCGAAGGGUAAAGCACCAGGAACCCCAUCGUCAAAAACGCCACCAAUGGAUGCCAAGAAUCGUCGUUUAUCUGUGGAUUCUCAAGUACUGCAGUUGUCCUCACCUAUGGAAACUGAUAUCAAACCACAAAUACAAAUGUCACCAACUCCAGCUCACAUAAGACAAGUUAUAUAUCAACCGUCUUCACAUAGAAAUUCACGUCGUGCUAGAUUGUGGGAGCAAUCUCAGCCUCCUCCACCACCAUACCCAUCCCACACCUCUCAAGCACCAGUGGGAACGCCGAACACCCCGGGAUUUAUGUAUCCGAGAGGUCAAAUGAUGCAGAUGCAAGGACCAAGAGUGGGAGUAUUAACUCAAGCUGCUCAUGGAAUGUUACGUACGCCACCACCUAGUAUGAUGGCAUUUCCGUUUGAGGGCCAAUCAUCUCUUCCACCUGGACACGCAAUGGCUCACCAGAAUUUUCCACCUAAUAUGCACGGUGUAAAGGGUUUCCCUCAGGCUGCACAGCAUCCCCCAGGUGCCUACAUUGAAUUGCGACAUUCUAACCAAACUGAUCCGGCAAUUCGUCGGCAAAAUAUAUUGAGAAUUGGAAAUGUCUGCUCUACUGGUUCGACUCCUUCACAACCCCAACCUGUUGCUACACCUGAACAAUCUUUAUCAUCUGAAGGAAAAACAACUACCAGCUCAAUUUUACCAAAGCCUGCUGAAGUAUCAGUCCAGCAACCAACUGGUGUUGCUCCAUCAACAAGUGAACAUAAAUCAGAAGAUCCGUUUGCUGGUGGACAUUUGCCUCAUGAUGAAUAUCUUGAUGCUUUAUUGAGAAGUGAUGAAUUCAAAGAUUUGCAUUUCCAGGGCCCUGGUACUUCAACCACUUUAGCUGGUAAAACACAGACCUUAGCAUCAUCAUCCAGUGUUUCAUCAUCGACUCAGAUGGUGACUUUGACUUCUCACACAUCGAUAAAAAGUACAUCACCUGAGAUUUCAAAACCCGCUCAGGCUACAGAAGCAACAAAACCUGAUUCAGAAAAUAAAAAUGACGGCACCCAAAAAUCAGCAGAAUCUACAGAAGAAGCUGUAAAGGCAGAUUCUGCUGUCGAGAAGUCUGAGCAUGAAACGGGGGAUGAAGCCAUAGUAAAAGACGGUGAAGGCAAUGCAGAGACGAAAGCAACUGAACCUGCGGAAGAUACCAGCACUGAUUUAAAAGGCAAAGACAUGCCGGUUGUACUCAAGAAUGAUCACAGUUAUUUUAAAAGCAAAGAAAUGAAAUCAAACAUCAAUGAAAAUAAGAACAUUGAAAGUAAAAUGGAGGAAAAGAAAGACAUUGACCAGGAAAAACCUAAACUUAAUGUAGACAUCGACAAGUGUGGUAUGAGUUUGAGUGGAGUGGGAUUAACGCCACCUCCUGAUUCUGAAGUAGCAAUGUUUGUUCCAUCUGAGGAAGAACCACGACGAGAAGCAUCGGGUGAUCUAAAUGUUAGUAAUGUUAUCAUAGUACCUGGUACACCACCCUGUGGGACGCCAGUGUCAAAAACACUUUCGAAUGAAUCAAGAGAAUCAAAACAAGAUAGUAAGGAGGCCAUUACUGAACAGAAUGAUUCUACUGAAAAUGAGAAUAAAGAUAAUGAAAACAAGCAGGAAAGCAAAGAAAAUGAGCAGGGAGUCGAAAAAACUGAAUCCGAAGUUAGAGAAAAGAAAGAAGGCGAAUCAAAAGAUAGUCCAGACUCAAAAUCAGAUUCUGGAAAUCAAGUCGCACAACCUGCUGUUCCUGAUAUUAAUUCUGGGAUUGAUCGAUCGAAGGAAGAUCGUUACAGUAUUGAUUAUUCAUACGACAUACAACCUCUUCCAAAAUCUCCAGUACCUCCACCUGUACGUAAUCUAGCGAAGUUUGCUAAAAUACCUGACCCUCCUGUUCAAAAGCAAAAUCAAAGAGAAAGCGCCCGUGAUAAAGAAGAAUUCGAUCAAAAAAUUGAACAAAAACCAGAAACAGAUUUGUCGACUUCUCAAACUGUUGAAACAGAAAAGAUGGAAGUUGAGAAAACCUCAAAUCCUGAAGAUGGCGGGGUACCUGAAGUUACAAUUUCACAAUCAAAAAACACAGAAACACCAUCUACCACAGUCAGUUCUACAGGGUGUAUAGUUCAAGCCGUUACUACAACAUCUGUAACCAGUAUUAUUUCACCUGUUAGCACUACAACUAGUUCCAUUGCAAAAGAUUUAGCUACAUCCGAUAAUACCGAACAAAAAACUUCUGAGUCAGAAGAUGCCCAGACCAGUCAAGUUGAACAAAAACAAAUUGAAAUUGAUAAACGUGAUCAGCCAGUGCAGAAAACUUCAGAUCCUUCUGUGCCUCAAUUGUCUGUUUCAGUCCCAACUAUCUCUUCUGUCUCUGAUGACAAAAUUUCAUCUGAGGAUAACACUGGAGUUACCGCUUCUAGUUCUGUUCAUUCUAUGACUGCUGCUCCUCCUUUCCCAAUGCCUGCAUUUGCUAUUUCAUCUGCAACACCGAUGACCAUUGUACCUUCUGUUACACAAACUAUGGAGCAAGCAGUUUCAAACUCAGUUGUAAGCUCGGCAUCCGGAACUUCGAAGGAUCACACAGCAGGAAUAAUGGAGGUCGCACAACCUGUUGAAUCUGGGGAAGCACCACCUAGCACCUCAGUGGCCUCUACUGAAAAUUCUCUUCAACCGAUGAUAACUCCAGCGACAAUCUCUUCCGAAGUACUAACUACGCCUUAUCCAAUUCCUGGAGUGCCGACAUCUCAAUCAAUAUUAGAGGCUGAGAAUAUGAAGACACCCACUCGACCUAUGCCUCCUCCUGCCGUACAAACUUCAGUUUCUCCUCCACAAACUACUCAAAUAUCACCAAGUAAAGAUGAAAGUAAAUCAGCAACUACGUUAUCCACAACCACGCCGCCUCGUCCUAAACCAUUAUUGAUCAAAGAGCAACCUCUGUUGUUGCAGGACUUGCUUGAGGAAGAAAAGAGAGAGCAAGAGAAAGCAAGGAGAGAAAAAAUGCGGCAUUCUCAGACGUUACUUCAACAGCAAGUAGCAGUACCUCAACCUGGUGGUAUGCCUCCAGGUGUAUUUCCCACGCCUGUUCCUCAAGAAAUGACAAAGGUAACUCCUGAAAGCGGAAUUGACAAUAUUAAAAUGGAAUUCUUAUCUAAAAUGAAUCAAGCUACCCAAGCUGGAUUACCCGUUGUUCCACCAAGUGGUCCAGAUGGUGGAAUUGUUGCUUCAGGUACGAGUCCAUUGCACCAACAAUCGCAACAAGGACAUUGGCCUCCUCACAUGGGUGGUAUGCAACAAGCAGGAAUUCAUGGUUUUGGGAAUGACAAUGAAAUGAGAAAAUAUAGAUCUUGGUUAAUACAACACCAACAACUAAUGCAGAUUCAAGUUCCGAAACAGGAACAGCUUGUUCAGUCAAAGAAAACUCGCAAACAAUCACUAAUGAAAAAAAGAAAUCAGUAUAAAAGAAACGGAAAAGAAUUCUCAGCAGAUGACACAGAGGAAUUAAGAGUUGUUACUAAACAAUAUACUGAAGCACAACAACAGCUCGAAAAGCUUCGUAAUGAACAAAAACAACAUGCUGAGCUUAUUCAAGAAUUCAAUAUAAAGCAACGACAUAUGAUGGGAGCCAUGUCUGCUGGUCCACCCGGAUCAAUAGUACAACAGCAAGUCAUUGAUAAUCAAGGUCAACAACAGAUGAUGAUUCAACAGCCAGUUACACCUGGAAUGCAACAUCAACCUCAUCAAAUCAUUGUUCCACCAUUUCAAACACCUGGUAAUAUGCAACCUGGUACAACCAUGCAACCAGGAGUUGUACCAGUACAAUCUGGUGCUGGAGGAAUCAUCCAGGGAAGUGGUCAAGAACAAAACAUGCCACAACAACAACUUGUAAUCAUGCAACAAGGACAACAGCAAGUUAUCAUAAAAAAUAUUCCAGCGUCUACAAACAUUGGUGUCGCAUCUUCCUCUUCUACUCAAUCGGUUGCCAUGGGAAUGGCACAGCAACAACAACAACAACAACAAUCACAUGUUGUCAUGGCAACACCACAGCAAAUUCAACAGUUUCAAGCACAAUUUCAGAAGAUGAAUAGAAUCAGCCCUACUCAACCAACUCAAUUUCAACAAAUCAUGAUGAACAAGCAACACCAAUUUCAGCAACAACAAUUACAAAUACAACAGAAUGCACAAAUACAACAACUGUCACUGUUGAAACCCAAUCAACCGCGACCACAGUUUAUGACAUCACAACCAGAACAGAGUACUCCUCACUCAACCGUAUCAGUUCCAUCAGCACCAGGCAAUCAAGCGCAUAACGCAUUGAUGCAAAUGCAGAUGCAACAACUAAGGGCGUUAAAGAUUGAACAACAACAACAACUUGCUGCUAUUCAACAGACUACGGAAAAACCCAAACCGAAAAGAAGACGUAAAAAGAAAAAAUCACAAGCGGAGAAAGAGGCUGAAGAACAACAAGCCCUCAUGCAACAACAACAACAACAACAGAUGCAAAAUAUGCAACAACAAACAUCAUUACCAGGCAGUUUACCAAUCACCAACCAACCACAACCUGGUACAACAUGGUUUCACAGACAACCUGGUCCUAUGACAAUGAAUCAACCACUGAAUACACAGAUGGUGCGGCCACAGAUAACGUCUCAGCAUCAACAACAACACCCAAGAUUUGGGGUGGUUUCAGUUCCCGUACAAAUGCACCCUGGUCCUAUGGGUUCUCCUUCUCCUUUGCAGCAAAACCAGUUCUCAACUCAGCACUCGAUACCAAGUCAGGUUAUCACUACAACCAGCCAUAUUGCUUCGGUUCCAACCCUUUCUGCUAUGCCAGCCGGUGUUAUCCAAUCUGUACAACCACCGUCCCAGCAUAUAAUGUCCACCUCACAAACCAAUCUUCCAAUGAUGUCACCCUCAGUGACAAUACCUGGACAGGUCCCAUCGUUUCAAAGCAUGCCACCGGGUACAUUGCCUCCAUCCGCUGCCAGCAUUGGUUCUCAAGAUAUGAUUUUGACACAAAGUUUACCUGUCAGCGUCCCAGCUUCGACUGUAACUUCGAAGAUGACGACCGGUACUCCAGUUCUGGCGGAACCUUUUCCGAUUCCCAAAGUGAUGAAAUCCAUUCCACCUCCUACAGGAUCUCCACAAAUUUCUUUGGGUCCUCCUAUGACAGGCGCAAUGACCCCGACAUCCGCUCCAACUCCACUAUUAGCAAGUACUCCCACUUUGUCAAAAGUUUCACCAACUGCAGGAACUACCCUCUCUUCUAAACCUGUUGGAAUUUCAAAGUCACCUAAUCUGUCUUCGCCGCAAACGUCAAUCAUUACAUCAGCUAUGGGCCAAGUUCGAAACAUACCUGAAGUGCCACAGGCUGCUCCUUUGUUACUUGAUCCAUCCAAACCGAUCAUCACUCCAACAAUAGCAGUAGUUGCAUCUGCUUCCAGUCAAUCUUACAAACAAAAGGUAACUCCGCCCAAAUCAAGCACAGUUGUUGGAGUUUCUAUCUCUCCAGUUCAUAAUAUACAAUCUCGUAUUACAACACCAUCUCAUCCACCACCUCCUAUAGGUAUGACCCAUGAUCGCUCUUCACCAAGAACACAGAGUCCUGGUCACAGUGUUGCUAAUUUUGAAGGACUUUCCGAAUCCGAGAUUGCAAUUCUUAUGGCUCACGAUCCGGAUCUUAAUCCUGAUUCGACACCGAAAAUCCCACUAUCUGCCCCACUCACCCCAUCUGCGGUACCCCUUUACCCGCCAUUCGGAGAACAAGACAGUCCUAAUGACGAAGCGAAGAAAAAGAAAAGGGUCAAGAAAGGAUAUGUUAUGGAUGAAAAGGCCAUUAACACCAUUGACAGUUCAAUCAAUACUGUGAUACGACUGAGUGUGGAAUAUGAAGACAGAUUACAAGCUGAAUCAGUGAAAGGAAUCGGAGAAAGACAAGUAACUCCUUCUCCGUGGAUUCUUGAUCCAAAACCAACCAAAUUUCCACCUAAGAAACCAGAGAGUCGCUCGCCUGGGGGUGACAAUGAUCCUAGCAAGAGUACAAAUGAGGAAUUGUUGAAACAUUUAUUGAAAAAGGGACCAAUGUCUAUGGGUGUUCAAGGGGGUCCAGGUAUGUAUGGACAAGUGUCAUCAGCAUAUGGUCAUCCAGGCAUGAUGCAGGCAGUAACCUCAGAUAUGAUUGCGUAUGGUCAUCCAAAUAUGGCCGGAAUGGGUUUGAUGUCGUACACUAUGAAGCCUCCUGAUAGUGACGUAGAUCCUGGACAAAAGAAGAAACGAUCUAGGAAAGGUUCGAAAGAAACUGGACCAGACGGAAAACCAAAACGACGACGAAGAAAGGAUAGUAAAAAUUCAAAUCAACAAUUUCCGAUUGGUGCAAUGGUGGAAGGUGGAAUGAUGAUGCAAGGUCCUGCUACAUUGCGAACUCUUGGUGGUAAACCAGGCACAGUGGUUCAGUUUCCUGGUGGACACAUAACAGUGGGACAAAUAAGUCCAGGACAAGUUGGUGCAGCAGACAUUGCAAAACAAUGGAAACCGCUUCCUCUACUAAGAUUGAUCGAACCAGAUAUGAGGAGAACUCAUCACAUGUGUGUACCAAAAGGUACAGGAUUGACUGAAUGUAAAUUGUUCCUUGGAGGGGAAAUUGGAACGUCGUCAUAUAAAGGAAUUCCCGACCUAUAUGAAAUAUUGUUGAAGUUGGAAAAGGAGGAAUCGAGACCUCCCAAUCCGCCAACACCACCUGCUUCUCUUCCUCCUUCACCGACUCGUAAACAACAAGAGAAUCAAGCCAAAAUGUCAACUAUUGAAGCCAAAACGGAGACGACAUCUUCCUUUUUCAGCACGCCUGCUUCUAGCACUCCCGACAAACCAUCAACCUUGGCAGACCGGUCUGGUCCAUUAGGCCUAACCCUACAUGAUAGUAGUCAAGCAGGUGUAGCAUUGCUUCACCCACCCCAAGUGAAAGUACCGGACUCGUUACCCACACCACCACAUCAAGGCAUUGAAGAUAAGGAUGAUUUGAAUCUUAUGAGACCUGCAGAAGACAUAGUGAUGGCUCCUUCCUCACCAGAGAUGGAAGAUGAAGAUGACUGGUCUCCUCACACUCUCACAUCACUCAGAAACCAUGAUUAUGAGUUUGUUAUGAGAACUCCUCACAUUAAAUCAGAAAAAAUAAGAGACUCUCCCUCGCCAGCUUUACCACUCAUGUUUUGUCCAAAAAUAAAAGUUCCGACUGACAUAGGACGAGGACAACCUCCACUAAGUGAUAAGGAUUCUGUUUCUGUGACCAUUGAAUUUGAUAAUGCUAAUAUAAAGAGCAUUGAAAAGAGUCUGACACUUCUAUCAAGAAUUCUUGAUACAUCUAUUAUCAGUUAUAAUGUUACUGAAAUGAUAAGACCAGAUAAGAAAAUGAAGGAGCUAAAUCAAGCUAUCAAGGAAGAACAAGCUGCAUUAGCAGCAGCAAUACCAACACAAGCAACACAAAUUAACCAGAACCAGCCAGAAGAGAUUAUCACCAGCAAUUUGUCAAAACAAAGAAGAUGUAUUUAUUGUACAACUAUUGUCAAUGGAAAUGGAGUCAGAAAACCACAGUUUGAUGAUUCAAUUUAUGAAGAGGACGUUGCUUUCUGCAAUAAGGAUUGUUACCUGAAAAGUGAAUUAUUUGAGAAAAAGCCUUCUGUCGCCCCAACGAAGAAAAAAUUCAAAGCAUCCCACAUAUACCAAAGACAUACACAGAAAAUUACCAUGGCUGCAUUGCUGGAAAAAUAUCCGGAUGAAGAACCAUUAACACCAUCUAAAAACACAAGAUUUGGAAGCGUAGAAUCAACUUAUUUUCCAUCUGGGGUUAAUGAUCCAAGCAGAGGUUUUAAUGGGGAAGGGAGGGGUAGAGGAAGGGGACGUAGAAGAGGUCCAGGUGAUGAACCAAAAAUUGCUGCAAAACGUUGGAAAGGAUUGAGAUGGAAGAAAUGGUCUGUUAAUGUAACUGUUGUGAAAUCUAGUAACAAACCACCUGUUGAUGUUGACGCAUUGAUGGCUAAAUAUGGAUCUGCUUUGAAGCCAUCUCCUGAGUUGGUCGAUCGUCGUGUUUGUGUAUUUUGUGGAGGUAAAGGAGAUGGAGACACACAUACUAUAGCUAGAUUACUCAAUGUUGAUGUGGAUAGAUGGGUUCAUCUCAACUGUGCUUUAUGGUCUGCUGAGGUUUAUGAAACACAGGGAGGUGCAUUAAUUAAUGUCGACCUGGCAUUACGUCGAAGUGAGUCAGUAUUUUGUGGACUUUGUCAAAAGAAAGGAGCAACUAUACAUUGCCAUAGACCAAGAUGUGUGAACACAUACCAUUGUCAAUGUGCUCUCGAUAUCAAAUGCGUAUUCUUCAAGGAUAAAACAGUUCUUUGUCCAACACAUGCUCCUAAACCAGGGACGACAUCAGGUACUGGAUUCAGCAUGCAUCAACAUCACUAUCAUUCUGGCGAUACGCUUCGAUCACUUGCAGUUUUUCGUAAAGUUUAUGUUCAAAGACCAGAAACAAAACAAAUAGCAAGCAUUAUGCAACAAGGAGAAUUAUCACAGGGUGAGAAGAACUAUAUGCUACGUGUUGGAGCAUUAAUAUUUGAAAAUGUUGGACAACUUGCAACACACCAGAUGGAAAAUUGUCACAGUAAAUCAGCUAUCUACCCUAUUGGAUACAAAGCAACUAGAAUGUAUUGGAGCACUGGCAACAUGAGGCGAAGAUGCAAAUACGAAUGUACCAUCAGUGAAGUUGACGGCAAACCAUUAUUCACAAUGAAUUAUAAUGCAGCUUUACCUGGAAAAAAUAAACCUGACAAAAUUUUGACACAUUCCGACACUGUGACCAAAAUUGAUAAUUCGAUUGUGAACGAUCUAUGGUUGGAUAUUUUGAAGCCACUUGAGAAACUUCGUUCUCAGCACAGUGUACUCAAGUUAUUUCCUGAUUUUAUUAAUGGAGAGAAAUUGUUUGGUCUGACAACACCAGUUGUUUCGAGAAUAUUGGAAUCUCUUCCCAAUAUCGAGUUAUGCUCCGAAUACAAGUUCAGAUACGGCAGAACACCUUUGUUAGAAGUUCCUCUGGCCAUCAAUCCCACUGGAUGUGCAAGAUCUGAACCUCAUAUUAAACAACACAGGAAAAAGCCCCACACACUGAUCAGUAAUUUGAUAAGUGAAUAUUAUGAAUCAUCUGGUAUCGGAGAUGCUUCUUCAUUAUAUGGAAAACAAUUUGUUCAUUCUAAAUCAUCACAAUAUAGAAAAAUGAAGUUGGAAUGGAGAUCCAAUGUAUAUUUAGCUCGCUCACGAAUUCAGGGGCUCGGCCUUUUUUCUGCUCGGGAUAUUGAGCCUGGUACUAUGGUGAUUGAAUACAUCGGUGAUAUUAUCAGAAUAGAAGUUUCAGAAAACAGAGAGAAAAUGUACGAAGCACAGAAUCGUGGAGUCUACAUGUUCAGACUUGACUCCGACCACAUUGUUGAUGCGACUGUAACUGGUGGACCAGCCAGAUACAUCAAUCAUUCCUGUCAACCAAACUGUGUGGCAGAAGUUGUAAAUUUUGAAAAAGAAAAGAAGAUCAUGAUUGUAUCAAAUCGUCAUAUUUUGAAAGGAGAGGAGCUUUCAUACGACUAUAAGUUUGAUUUUGAAGAUGAAGGAAGAAAAAUUCCAUGUUUAUGUGGAGCAUCUAACUGCAAGAAAUGGAUGAAUUAGCAUCUCAUGUUCCACAAAUGCUAUUGGUCCUGCACAGAUUUUUGGACCAAUGAUGAAACUGCAAUAUAUUUGUCGAUGACUGUUUCAAACAGACAGUUUUAUCUGUUUAUUCGUAUUUGCAUGGUAUUAGUUUUCACUAUUUUUGCCAUGUAGUCUUUCGUCAAAAUAAAUAUUCUGUUUUACUUUAUAUUUACUGCCAUAAUUUUUUCUAGU